AUGCGACAUUUGACCAGCUUCAUGUGGUUUGAGGAUGAGUGCUUCACGAGUGUGGAUUUGGUCAAUGCCUACUUCCGUCGAAUAAAUGAUGUGAACUCCACCCUCCAUGCAGUUCUCGAAGUGAACCCCGACGCCCUGGACAUCGCCAAGCAGUUGGAUCAGGAGAGAGAGAUGGGCCAUCUUCGUGGACCUCUUCAUGGGCUGCCAGUUUUCGUGAAAGAUAGUAUUAGCACAAGAUAUAAGAUGCAGACGGCUGCUGGCUCGUUCGCUCUUGUUGGGGCUAAAUUGGAUGACGAUUCCACCGUCGUGGCUCGACUGCGUGAACACGGACUGGUCAUUCUUGGGAAGACCAGCCUUUCGGAGUGGGCGAGCACAUAUGCAGCUUAUUAUCCAAAGCAGGAUCCCAAUGGUAGCUCGAGUGGGAGUGCUGUGGCUACGGAUUUGGGAUUGGCUUUUGCGGCCCUGGGGACAGAGACUAGCGGAAGUAUCCUCUUCCCAAGUGAAGUGAGCAAUAUCGUGGGCAUCAAGCCCACCGUCGUCACCGGCCUUUCGAACACAUCUCCCGAAUUCUGGGCCAUGUAUCAAAAAAGUCUCUACUACGGUGGCGAAGGCGGCUUGCUCGGCGCUCUAUCCCGUCACCAGCUCGAUGCUAUCAUCCUGCCCACCGGCACCGCAGCUGAUAUUCCGGCCCUGGUCGGUGCACCGGUCACUACGGUCCCCAUGGGCGCGUUCCCGAAUUCAUCGGCAAUCAAGCAUAACGAUCGAGGUGAUAUGGUGUACAUCGCGCCGGGGAUCCCGUUCGGAAUUAGCUUUUUAGGGAAGCAGUGGAGCGAAAAGGAGUUGAUUGGGAUGGCGUAUGCGUUUGAGCAGAGGACAUUGGUUAGGAAGACUUUGAAGAGGGUGGUUGAGCCAAAGGGGGAGUUGAGAGAUGUCAUUGGAGAUGAGGAUGAGGGUGAGGAUGAAGAUGAAGAUGAUGGCCAUGAUGCUGGGCAGUGUGGUUUGUGA